AAUCCUAGGUUCUCUUUCUGGCGUAAAAAUGUCGUCGUUGAUAACAGAUUUGCUCCGUCAAACCGGCGGCACCGCCGUCAUCGACGGCGGUCUGGCGACGGAGCUGGAGCGCCAUGGCGCCGACCUCAAUGAUCCUCUUUGGAGCGCCAAGUGCCUCUUUUCCUUCCCUCACCUCAUUCGCCAAGUGCACCUUGAUUACCUGGAAAAUGGUGCAGACAUUAUAAUCACAGCAUCUUACCAAGCCACCAUUCAAGGGUUUAAAGCCAAAGGCUAUUCUGAUGAAGAGAGUGAAGCCUUGCUCAGAAGCAGUGUUGAAAUUGCACGGGAGGCACGCGAAGUUUACUAUAAAAAUUGUGCUGGAUGUCGUUCGGGUGAUGGGGAUGAUGAUGGUAGAAUCCUCAAACAACGGCCUAUCUUGGUUGCUGCAUCAGUAGGGAGCUAUGGGGCUUAUUUGGCCGACGGGUCAGAGUACAGUGGGGAUUAUGGUGAUGCUAUCACGGUGGAAACUCUUAAAGAUUUUCAUCGGAGAAGAGUUCAAAUUUUAGCAGAUUCAGGUGCUGACCUGCUUGCAUUUGAAACAGUUCCCAAUAAGCUUGAAGCUGAGCAGGCUUAUGCUCAGCUUCUGGAAGAAGAGGACAUAAAAAUUCCUGCAUGGUUUUCUUUUAACUCUAAGGAUGGAGUUAAUGUUGUUAGCGGUGAUUCUUUAAUGGAAUGUGGCUCUAUUGCUGAAUCAUGUAAUAAAGUUGUCGCUGUUGGAAUCAACUGUACUCCACCAAGAUUUAUUCAUGGUCUGAUUGUUUUGCUUAAGAAGGUGACUACAAAACCAAUUGUUAUAUAUCCAAACAGUGGGGAAACUUACGAUGCUGACCUAAAGGAGUGGGUGCAAAAUACUGGUGUUACAGAUGAAGAUUUUAUCUCAUAUGUAAAUAAAUGGUGUGAGUUAGGAGCUUCCCUUGUAGGUGGCUGUUGCAGAACGACUCCGGAUACUAUUAGGAAGAUAUACAGGACCCUGUCUAGCAGUCAAUCAAUCUAAUUUACAUGUCAACAAGGUUGGCAGCUGCACUGGAUCUAGUUGCUUCUCUGGGCUAAGAUAGGACCAUAGGAUGAUUUGGCUAAUUCAUUAUGAAAUAUUGGUCAAUGCAACUUGGAAUAUGCUUUGCCCUUGGAGCUAGCAACCUGAAAAUCGCAAUUUGUGAUCAAGAGAAAGAUGCGUGUUGUCCUUCUCGUUGAUUUUGAAAAAAAAAAAGAACGUGGCAACUUAUGCAGAAUUUUAGUAAUUGUUAUGUUUAUUAUAACAUAAUUUAGGAUUAUUAGUAUCUUAAACAUUUUCCUAACUAAAAAUCAUGUUGAGUGGAGACUCACGAGAUGAAUACUUAUGGUCUCAUAUCUUUUUGUCUGUUUUGUUCCUUUUUUUCGGACCUGGAAUAUUUUCAUUUUAAAAUUGUAAUCUUAAAGAUUAGCCAGUGUUAUGGCCAAAUUAAUACGUAAA